AUGCAGCGCGCAGAGGCCGGAAAGCCUUUAAUUAAAUUCAACCACUGCAGGAAAUGCAUCUACAGCUUCAGCGUGCCGAGCUGCUGCCCCCUCUGCCGGCAGGACCUGGGCUCCAGGAAGCUGGAGGAAGCACCUGUCAGCAUCUCCAAUCCGUUUACCAAUGGGCAUCAAGAAAAGUGUGCAUUCCUCCUCAGGCCAACCGAAGGGACGUUUCUUAGGGAGUAUGAUGGAAGGUCUGAUCUUCACGUUGGAAUAACUAACACAAAUGGAGUCGUCUAUAAUUACACCGUGCACGGCGUCCAGCGAGACGAAGCAGGCUGGGAGCAGAGUGUCAGUAUCCCGUUAUUGCAGCCCGGCAUGUUCGGACUGAUGGACCAGUGGGACAAGUACCUGGAAGACUUCUCCACCUCGUGGGCCUGGCUGCCUCACAGGUACGAAGAAGAACACCACAACUGCUACAGUUACACCCUCACGUUCAUUAACUGCAUUCUGGCCACAGAAGGCAAGGAGCAACUGGACAAGGACGAGUUCACGGAGAAGUUUGUGGUCCCCAGGACCAGGAAGGCUUCCAAGUACAUCACGCUCUACCGGGCGAUAGACGAGCAUGGCUUCUACGUGACCGACCGCCCGGACCGGGAGCCGAGUCCUCCUCUGGGGGGUGGUUUGUGCUGA